AUGACAGAUAAAUAUGAUGAAUCGCUAUAUGCCUCAUUUCAACCUUCUGACGCUAAGUUAUUAACUUCCACUUCUCAUACCCAAUUGUUAACUGAGUAUCCAAUCUUAUCAUCAGCAUUAUCCAAUAUAUUUCCCUACCUAUUGUUAAUUGACAAUUUUCUAGAAAUUGUAACGUGGACAAAUGAAGAUCCCUAUCAAAAUUUUAUUUUGAUAGUACUAUACUCGGUUAUUAUUAUGUAUUGGCAAAUUCUAAGCUUUAUAAUCAUGCCGAUUUUGAUGUCAGUUACGUUUGCAUGUCUUGUUUGGUCAAUUAGCUCUAUUAUUUAUGAUUCGAAGUUCAACGAAAAACCAACAAUUGAUGAAGUUUUGCACACACUACAUAAUAUUACUAUCAGGUUUGAAAUGCUUUUGAGACCAAUCCAACAUUUCCCUAUGAAGAAAAGAAAUUUUGUAAAAGCAUUCAUCAUGACAUUUUUACUAACUCCUAUCCACGUUGUAUUGGUCAAAUAUGUCAUACCUCCUCAGAAAGUUUUAUGGUUGACAGGGUUAUUUAUGUUAACAUACCAUUCUCCUUGGUCUUUCUCAAUAAGACGAUUGCUUUGGAGAUCGGUUUAUAUUAGAAUUUUCGCAUUCUAUGUUACAGGCUUGGAUAUCAAGUUGGACAGGACGAACCAAAAUCAUUUUCUGAAUAUUUCUAGGAUUCAUAGUCCUAACACUAGUGAUAUUGAAGAGUUUGAUGAGAAUCAAAAACCUUUGCAAUUGUUAGGUGAUUUCAAAAUAUUGAAGAAAACAAUAUUAUCUCCGACCCAACUAAGCCAGGUGGUAACGUUUGAAAUUUUAGAAAAUGAAAGAAGAUGGGUAGGUGUCGGAUGGUCAAAAUUUGUGUUACCUGGUGAUAGACCCAGCUAUUGCUAUGAACAAUCAAUGAAACCGUCCCCAUCUAUUUCCAAUGAUAAUGACUUCAAAUUUCCAAUAUUCGAAAAUGACUUGUAUACGUAUAUGUGGGAAUGGUUAGAAACGAACUGGAAAGUUGACAAAGAAUUCAACAAGGGUAAAGGUUCUGAGGGCUGGGUUUAUUACGAUAAUAACUGGUCAAAUGAAUCAUUUUCUGAUGGUUUUUCUAAGUUCACCAGAUCAAGAAAAUGGACUAGAAGAGCUACAUUGACUAUUGAUAAGCAAGAUAUUGUUUAUGAUGAAUGA